AGUUAUUUUAAAGAGAUAGAUAAUACUAUAGUAAUAUUAUUGAGAAUAACAUCUUUCUAUAUUAAGAGAUGAUUUACAUAAGCGAAGAUAUGGUCCUGAGGUUAAUAACCUGGGAUAAAACAUUUGAAGCAGUGGAAACAGCUAUGAAAAAAUACUCCGAAAAACAGACUAUACAAAAUGCCAGAACUAAAACUCAAAUAAUAGGUAAACCGAAUAUGUUGGUUACGAUGCCAGGAUAUUUAAACGAUGCGAAAUAUGGGGCAUUGGGAUGUAAACUAGUAUCAUUUUUUCCGGGGAACAAUGAUCUUCCCAAGCCAAUGCCUAGCGUGUUGGCAAAUAUUAUGUUGUUUGAUGAAAAUUCAGGAGCAGUGAAAGCUGUGAUAGGUGCAUUUGAAAUUACGAAAUGGAGAACAGCAGCAGCUUCUGCCGUUGCAACUAAACACAUCUACGAAAAUAGAAAUAAACCUUGUAAUAUAUUGGCCAUAUUAGGAGCUGGUCAACAGGGAUGGGCACAUGCUGAAUGCUUUAAAUAUUUCUUUAAGUUUAAAGAGAUAAGAAUUUGGAAUAGAACGCCUCAAAAAGCAAAUCAAUUGGUCACUGAGCUCAAUGUGAAACAUAAUACGAACAUAUUUACCCAUGUAAUCAGUAAUGAAGAGUGUGUACGAGGAGCUGACGUCAUAAUAACUGUUACAAAUGCUCUCGAUCCUAUAAUUAUGGAUGAUUGGGUUAAGUCAGGGGCACAUAUAAAUGCUGUUGGCCUAGGAAGAACACAUCACAGUGAGUUAGAGGAGAAAUUAUAUUAUCAUGCUGACGUCUACAUUGACCACUGGGAGGGUGUAAAUAGUGAACUAUCUGGAUUGGCUAAACUGAUUGAAUUUAAAGGCGAAGUUGGAAAAGUUAUUAUGAAUCAAAUAACCACUGAAGAUAUAAAUCGCAUAACAGUGUUUCAAAGCUUAGGUAUGGCCAUCGAAGAUUGCGCAAUGAGUCGCUUAGUUUAUGAUUUAUACAUUAAAAAUCAGAAGAACGUUUGAAAUAAGUCUUUGUAUGAUUUACGAAUAAAUGUUAUGGGUACCU